UUUCUUACAUUUAUUUCCACCACUACUGCCUACCUCGGAUUUCGAAAUGCUUGUAUCAUUGCCACGCCUGCAGAGUGUCAAAGCCUGCCCUUCGCGGAACUGCACCACGCCCACAACCCAGGUAAGUUGCGAGGCAGCUUCCUUUAUUCCGAAGUUGCUUUGGGGAGGAAGGAACUUACAGUAGUGGAGUCUAACGGUUUCACUUCUAACUGGCCUAGGACCUGUUCGAGCACUCUCGUAUGAAGCCAGCUUGUAGGGGGUGUUGUUGCUAUUGUCUUUGGAAUUUCUGUAUGCGUUUUGUGGAUUAUAUAAAGGAAGUACGUUUUGAGAAGGAGCACGAAAGGUGUUUUGCGGUCACUUUACGGUUAGGUUGAGCAAGAGGACGAACCAUUCUGAGCGACGCCAGAAAUGAACAGUAGAGGGAAUCCCUGACCUGUUGCCGAGUCCCAGUGCAACCGAAGCAGACAGCUUUUAUUUCAAAGGCAGAGAAUAAGCUCACAGAGAGAUGAGACCACAAGGCAAGCAGAAAGAUCAUGAAGAUCCUUGGGAGAAUCUGCAUGGUGAAGAUUGUGACAAGAUGAACUCCAACAACCAGAAUGAGAAUGACAAUGACAAUUCCAGAAGUAGACUACAGAGCAGGAAGCCACAGAACCUGUCCAUCAGCAUUCCACCUAUAGCAGAUGCUAAUAUGGAGACCAAGAUGAAGCCUCCUGAGCUUGCAGAACGACCACUGUACAACAAGAGCGUGAGCAUGUUAGAGUACAAGAGGACAGAUAGCACACUUGAAAAGCGACCCAGCUUCCAUAGGCAGACUUCCUUAUCUCAGAGUAUUCGCGUAAAGAGAGAUUUGCUGCAUAUGAAAUUCCUUUAUCACUUAACCAAAUUUGACAUUGCUAGACGUAGAAUGUUACCUCGUGUGCAAUUAAAAAAAAGUGCAGUGUGCACUUGCUUAUUCAUAGUGUGUGUGCCUUUUACUUUUCAGAUUGUUGACCCAUUAGCACGGGGACGUGCAUUCCGUUGUCCUGAUGAAGGAGAUGGGCCUCGGACUCCUUUACCUCCACGUCCUCCUCCAACCCCUAGAAUGACAUCCCUUAGUUCAUUUACGAGUGUUCGGUCAGGAUAUACCCGCUUUCCUCGAAGGAAGAAAGAAUCUGUUGCACGUAUGAGUUUUCGGGCUGCUGCUGCUAUAAUUAAGGGUCGGCCUGUUCUGGAAGGCUCUCUUCAUAAACCACACUUGAAGAGGAGUUUUGCAUACCCAAGUUGUUUUGAUGAGGAUACAGUGGACGCUGCCGAUACUCUGGACUCAUCAUUUUUUAACAAGAUCGAUGUGCAUUAUGAGAUGUACUCUAUGCCAGAUGAUGUGUUUGAAUCUCCUCCUCUGUCUGCUUCCUACAUUGUUCGAGAGAAUCAGGUUACCACUCCAUACCUUACAGAAACCCAGGUGCCAGUGGGAUCCGUUCCUGCAGUAAAGGAUGUCUUGAGAGCAUCGGGUUUUGCAGUGCCACAUCCCAGACGUGGAAAACGUAUUGCUUCACAAGUAAAACACUUUGCAUUUGAUAAAAAGAAGAGAUAUUAUGGACUGGGAGUCGUAGGGAAAUGGUUAAACAGAACAUACCGACACAGUCUUAGCAGUACAGUGCAAAAACAGCUGGAGCAUAUAGACAGUCACAGGGUUUUGCGAAAUAAAGGUGUUUAUGAAAGUGUUAAAUAUAUUCAACAGGAGAAUUUUUGGAUAGGUCCAAGCUCGGAAGAUUUGAUUCAUCUAGGAGCAAAGUUUUCUCCAUGCAUACGGAAAGACAGACAGAUAGCAGCACUUAUACAAAAGGAAAGGGAAAAAGAGAAGAAUUCUGGCUGCUGUCUUCAAAAUGACAACUCUGGGUGUGUUCAGACACUACGGACAGAUUGCUCAGAGACACUUGCUAUUUUUAUUAAAUGGCCAGACAACAGUGAUGCAAGCAUUAAUCGAACCUCAGGUGCUGUUUGCCAUCAAGACCCCAGAACAUGUGAAGAACCAGCUUCCAUUGAGCCUCAUGUGUGGCCAGAUGAUAUCACCAAAUGGCCUAUCUGCACACACCAGCCAAAACAUAACCUGACUGGUUUGAAACAUAUGGAUUGUGAAAUCAAAGGCAGACCCUGCUGUCUAAACACCAAAGGAAGCUGUGAAAUCACUACAAGAGAGUAUUGUGAGUUCAUGCAUGGGUACUUCCAUGAAGAGGCAACUCUCUGUUCUCAGGUGCACUGUUUAGAUGAUGUUUGUGGACUUCUGCCAUUCCUGAACCCUGAGGUUCCAGACCAGUUUUACCGACUCUGGCUCUCCUUAUUUCUUCAUGCUGGGAUUGUCCACUGCUUAGUAUCUGUGGUUUUUCAGAUGACUGUUCUUCGGGAUCUGGAAAAGCUGGCUGGAUGGGUCCGAAUUUCCAUCAUCUUUAUAUGUAGUGGGAUCACAGGGAACCUUGCUAGUGCCAUCUUUUUGCCAUACAGAGCAGAGGUUGGUCCUGCAGGUUCACAAUUUGGUUUACUGGCAUGUCUUUUUGUGGAGCUGUUCCAGAGCUGGCAGAUUCUCGAAAAGCCCUGGAAGGCCUUCUUCAAACUUUGGGGUAUUGUCCUCUUCCUGUUUUUGUGUGGUCUGCUACCAUGGAUUGACAACAUUGCUCACAUUUUUGGGUUUCUCAGUGGUCUGCUGCUUUCUUUUGCCUUUCUUCCCUACAUCACCUUUGGUACCUUCGACAAAUAUCGAAAACGAAUUACAAUAAUUGUUACCCUGCUGAUUUUUAUAGGGCUAUUCUCAUCGCUUGUUGUCUGGUUAUAUGUAUACCCAAUUAACUGGCGUUGGAUUGAAUAUUUGACUUGCAUUCCUUUCACUAGCAAGUUCUGUGAAAAGUAUGAGCUUGAUCAAGUUUUGCACUAGGAGAUCCCAUUACCAUAGUUACAUCUAUGAAGAUUUUGGUUUACUGUUUGGAAAAAGCGGAAUAUUGUUGUACCAUCAUGAGUUUAAUAAGGCCUUGUAAUUUCUCCAGCAGAGGUCCCAAAAGUUCAUUUUCUAAAUGAUGUACAGCUUACUGCCAUUGUUUGGUUAUCUCUUUCAAGAAAAAUGUUAUAUUCUCUUCAUAAUGUUUAUAUGUGGGAGUCAGCAAGUAUUUUCAACUUGUCAUUAGGGUGCUAACUUGAUCCAAGCACCACACCUUGCAGUCCACAGAUAUUGAAAUUUAAUGUGAUUUCCUACUCAACCAUAAACAUAUCGUCUUCCAGAAGGAGGUUUCAUGAACUUAAAAGCCCCUGCCAAAAGGCCGUAUAAAAGAUGACUUAAAACAGACUAAAAAUUAAAUGGCAUGUAAGAUACAGUUAACUUCCAGAGAAAUGUUUUUCUUGCAUACUUAGGUCCUUGGAGAGAGGCCAUAAGAACCAAAGAUUUUCAAGUGAUUUUAAGAUCGAGAUCUGGAACAUUCCUGUCUGAUGUUUACAGUCGCUAGCCUAAGCAUAAUUUUUUUUUCUACUUGUACUAAUGCCUGGCAUCACUGUACUGUUUGCUAUCAAGCCGCACCACUGCCUCAUACUCAUUGUUACUGCAGUUUACAGCAGAAUGAAUGAAAGAAAACUAACCCCAAGUAGUCUGACGUCAAGCAAGACUGUAUACAGAGAUAGUACAGUACGUGUUGGCAUGAGGAGUGUGCCUUUGUGAGAGGUCGUCAGGAUGACUCAGUGGUAAUUAGUAGUGCUCUGAGAUGCUGUGCACAGUAACUGGUGCCUAAUGCCAUGCUGCACAAUUUAUACACUAAUAGUUACCUAAACUAAAACGUUAGUUAUUAUUAUCUGUUUGAGGUUGUCAUGCAUCCUUAGUUGCAUCACCACAUUCCUGUUUCAUAAUAACUUGGUAAAGGUGUAUUUGUCACACACAGAAAUGUUGUUUAAACUUAAUUUCCUUUUGCUCACAAAGAAAUAAAAACUGUCACUUCACUUUCAGAAAAAUGUUUAUAGUACGCUUAAACAGCUUGGUUUUUACAUUGUGUAGUCGUUACUUUGUCUCAUGAAAAAUGAGCCCCCUUCAUAUCUCUCAACCUCUUAUUGCAAGAUCUGGGCAAAGUCUGACAAAAUGGUGGGACAAAGGCACAAAAAUAGGAACACAUUUUAAAUAUUGUUCUCACAAAUUUAGAAAGUUGAUAGAGUAGCAGGGUUAUGUAUUGACAUUCAUUGUCUGAAAUAUUUGAAUUCUGAAAAUCAAAUGCAUGUCAUUAUUUAGUGACUUCAAUCCUCAGAUCAUCCCAGUGAUUUGUCAGAAAACCACAACUGUUAUGAGGAAUAGAACAAAAAUAUGAGGCAAAAAUCUGGACAUUCUGUGAAACUCUGGACAGUUUAGAGGUAUGGCCCCCUUCCCAAUGCCAUACCCAUGAAUUGGAAUUCUGUAGAGUAGCAUUUAAAGAAUUGCAGUGGUAUUUCUUGCUCUGUUUUCAACUUUAGACUGUUGCUUUUGUGUGUCUGCCCAACCAGCAAAACUGUAUCAGCUGCAGUAAUUUUGAAUGCAGUUGAUUCUCUUAGUCAUUGUUUGACUAUGUAUCCACCCAAUACUGCCAAUCCUCCUGUGACUAUAGAAUGUUGUAUAUUGCCUCGGUGGUAUACUGGAUUUGACCCAGAUUAAGUACAAGAUGAGCUAGGUUUGCAUAAUAGCCUAUAUGCAUGGGAGCAGCCCACUGAGGGAUGGGAGAUGGUGUUUUCCAGCAAAAGAUCUAUCUUGAGGAAGAUCUGAGCCUGCAGGAUGUGCAGCUGGGGGAUGCUGGAAAGUAGGAGCCCACCAGCAAGUGCAUUUACUCUGUAUAUGGAGCUGCAGAAGCUCACAUGUACACAGACUCUGUGGAAAGGGACACUGUACCAUGCCUUCAGCCAGCUGAGGUAUAUCUGUUAGGAUGAUUUUAAUUCCUAACGUUAGUUGACAGUUAUGAUACUACGUUCUGACCUCUUAGUUUUGUAAGAUGUCAGGAUUCAGGAGGAACAAAUGGAAGACGGGUUAAUUGUCAUGAGAGAUUUGGGGGGGCUAACAAAUCAUAGUAGUAGUAGGUCCUUCUGUGUAGUGCAAUGUGCUGUACCUUUUGUCAAAACUGAGUAAGUAAAGAAAAUAGUACUCCCUUAGACUACACACAUACUACCAUGACUUGUAAUGGGUUCACUGUGAUUUGGCUUAUAAAACACUUAUUAUAUCCAAUUCUGUUUUUUGUUAAUUUCAUUUGUAUUACGUUUGGGUACUAAAGGUACUUUAGUGGUUUAGGAAAUUAUGCAUGAACUGGUUGAUAUGCAUUUGACUGCUAAUAAAAUGAUGCCGCAGUGCUUGCAGCAAGCUAAUCUGCCGGGUGCUUUGUGUUGUGCCUUCUGCUUUAACAUAUGUGAAGUCUAAUGAUGUAAGUGUAUGCCAGCCAUUUCAUGUUAUGCUGAUUGUAGCACAGGGUAGCACUCACAUUUUAUAAUUUGUCUCUCGCUUUUAUGCUGCUGUUAGUAUAUUACCACUUACAAUGCCUGGGUUUAUACUUUUGCAAGAUAGUAAACUGUCUUCACCAUCAUUUUGUUAUCCCUUAAGCUGCCAGUUAAUGCAAAAGCAUAAUGUAUUUCUGAGGAACAGACUUCUGUCCCAGUGUUUGUGAUAAAGUACACUUUCUUUUUGUUUAAAAUA